CGGAGAGCCGCGCACACUCCAGUAGAAGCUGUGCGCCUGUGACGUCAGGGGGCGACUGACCAAUGGGGAGGCGCUGCCCUUUGGAGACAAACCAUUCGACUCGUGGCGUCUGCAUCAAGUCUGAAAGCAGACGCGCAACUUUCGCAGAAUCCACCUUAAAAUCUCUGCCUUAAACUGCACCAGCCCCCAAAAAAAUACAAGGGGGGAAAGCAAAAGAGGGGGGGAGAGAGAGAGAGAGAGAGAGAGAGAGAGCAGAUUCCCCCUCCCCCUCUCCUCUCCCAUCCCUCCCCCUUCUUGCACCUUUUGGGUUAACAAGGCCCUGCUCACUAUAUCUCUUUAUAUUAAAUUAUAUAUAUAUAUCUCUAUAUACAUAUAUAUGAAAAAUAGAGAAGAGCGAGGGAGACGGAGAACAACCUCUGCCCUCCCCCUCCCUUUUAAUUUUUUUUAAUUUUUUUUGCAAGGAUCCCAAGAGCUAAGGUGGCUGCCGAGGGGAGAGCAGCGAGAGCCAAGUGGGGGAGGGUGGAGGAAACCCGGGAGAAGGCUUUCUCCAGCCCCCAAAGUUUUGAUGAUGACCAUGACUACGAUGGCUGACGGCUUGGAAGGCCAGGACUCGUCCAAAUCCGCCUUCAUGGAGUUCGGGCAGCAGCAGCAGCAACAGCAGCAGCAGCAGCAGCAGCCGCCGCCGCCGCCGCCACCGCAGCAGCAGCAGCAGCCUCCGCCGCCGCCACCGCCGCCGCCGCCGCCGCACUCGCAGCAGAGCUCCCCGGCCAUGGCAGGCGCGCACUACCCGCUGCACUGCCUGCACUCCGCCGCGGCGGCGGCGGCGGCGGCGGCCGGCUCGCACCACCACCACCACCACCAGCACCACCACCACCACGGCUCGCCCUACGCGUCGGCGGGCGGCGGAGGCAACUCCUACAACCACCGCUCGCUCGCCGCCUACCCGUACAUGAGCCACUCGCAGCACAGCCCUUACCUCCAGUCCUACCACAACAGCAGCGCGGCGGCCCAGACGCGAGGGGACGACGCAGAUCAACAAAAAACUACAGUGAUUGAAAACGGAGAAAUCAGGUUCAACGGAAAAGGGAAAAAGAUUCGGAAGCCUCGAACCAUUUAUUCCAGCCUGCAGCUUCAGGCUUUAAACCAUCGUUUUCAGCAGACUCAGUACCUGGCCCUUCCCGAGAGAGCCGAACUGGCAGCUUCCUUAGGACUGACACAAACACAGGUGAAGAUAUGGUUUCAGAACAAGCGCUCUAAGUUUAAGAAACUGCUGAAGCAGGGCAGUAACCCUCACGAGAGUGACCCCCUCCCAGGCUCAGCAGCCCUGUCACCACGCUCGCCUGCGCUGCCUCCAGUGUGGGACGUUUCUGCCUCAGCCAAGGGCGUCAGUAUGCCCCCCAACAGCUACAUGCCUGGCUAUUCGCACUGGUAUUCCUCACCACACCAGGACACUAUGCAGAGACCACAGAUGAUGUGAGUUGUCUGAGGGUACAGCCUAAGGGAGAGUCGGACCCAGGCAUGGAGGAUCCUGGACUUGAUUGCAGCUGCCAAACACAGCCUAAGGAGCAAGCUUGGAGAACUUGUGUGUGUGGCCAGAAACCACAGCUCUCUGCUUCUUUCUUUCUCCCCCUUCCUCUCUUUCCCUCCUUUCUUUCCCUUUCUCACUCUUUUCUUUUUCUUAUUCAUCCUUAUUUUUUUCCACCUUUCUUUAUUAUUCCUUUCUCUCUUCCCUACCUUUUCCUCCCUUGAAGAACCUUAGUAACUGACCUUGCAGGAGAGAGAAAAAGUGAGAGAGGCUGGUUGUGUGCCAGUGGUUUGAAAAACCCUUACUGUAAGGAUAUUUCUCUGGGGUUCAGGCUCUGCACCUCUUCUUCUCUACUGGAGCAUCCAUCAAAAUGACUUUUUUUUUUACAGACACCCUCCCACACCAGAAGAACCUGCACAAACAUGGCAGCAUUUUUACUUGUUUAAUGAGUUUAAGACAUUACAUGAUGAAAGAGAAGCGUUUUGGACUCCUGCAUUGUUAUUUACUAAUGCCAGACUGACAAAGAAAGAGGGAAAAAAAGUGUGUCGGGGGGGAAUCCUCUGUAGUAACAUCCCUUCUCUAAAGAAGAAAGGAAAAUAUUGGCUGUACAACUAGAAAGUUGCCACAAAGGAAACUGCUGCAUGUUUAUAUCAGAAUGAUGGCUAACAAUGAUUUAAUUAAAACACACACACACACAAACAGCAACAAGAAAAAUGACCUUUCCCUACCCCAUCCCCACCCCAUGAACUGGAAUCAGGAAAGACUAAGGAAACAACCAAAAUCACCGUUCUAACACUUUGACACCUUUACCGGGUGAAUUGGUAGCAUUCACUAAGCUAAUAGGGAUGUUUAUAUGGAGAAACAUUUCUGUAUAUAUUGUUGAAUUUUAGUUGUAUAUAUACUUUGUAUGUUUUUGUCUUCUUUCAUAUAUGGAGUAAAAGCCACAAAAUGCUGGGAGUGUCCUGUA